AUGAACCACCCUGCCCCGCUGCAAACCAACCAAGCGACCAAAGAACCGUUUAUCCGCCUUCGAAGACAUCCUAAUAUUGUCGUGACGCCGCCCAGGCUUACAGACGCGGAUGCCUUGGUCCACCUGCUAAACGAUCCUCGAGUGCAUGAUUGGUUGAAGGGACCGCCGUAUCCGUACACGCAGCAGGAUGCCGAAUCGUGGCUGAAGGUCACCACGGACGCAUCGGGCGAAUUGUUGGGAAAGCUGGAAUGCCCGGUGGUGGAUGGGUGUCCAUUUAGCAGUCUCCGCGAAAUCAGUGACGAUGGCACGGAUACGUUCAUUGGCUCUGUCACGCUUGACAGAUGGGGGUACCCUCUGAUCAGAGACGAGAUAGACAAGAAGUCGCAGCUUGUGAAAGAGAAUUUUCAGCGAGCCGCUGGUGAUCCGGAUAUUAUCUGGACCAUUGGAGACUACCUAGCACCGAGUCAUCACGGACGGGGGAUCAUGACAGACGCCCUGGACACCCUGCUGCAUGACUGGGCGAUUCCCAGAAUGAAGGCGAGACAUAUCAUUGUGACCGCGUUCACGGGCAACGUUGGGAGCGUGCGCGUGUUUGAGAAGCUGGGCUUCACUCUGCGCGAGACUUUGCCUGAUUUUGAGGACGUCAAGGGGAGGUUUCGGGGCUUCCAUGUGUUAGAGUGGAAGAUGGACGCGACGCGCGCGCCAGGGACAAGUUGA